AUGGGGAAAAGGGUGCGAAGCAGUCAAAGAUUUAAACUAGAGAAAGGGAAAUCCCUCCUUCCUGCUCAGACUCUCGUUGGAUUUUCUGGCAAAUUAUCCAUAAGGAAGUUGAAACCCUUACGGAGGUCAAAAUCGGACAAAAUUCGAGAGAAAGCUUUGGAGCAAGAUUAUUUCCAGAAGUGUAGCACUCUUGAAUGUCGACUACAAGAUCACUGGCACUUGGUUGAGCUUAAGCAACAAUUGGUAUGUUGCAAUGGAAGGGAUUUUUGUGACUCACCUCUGUGUCAGGAACUGAAUGAAAGGCAUGCUGCAAGCAUUAAACUAAUCAAGUUUCUUCUUGAGCAAGUGGGAACAUCUCUAGAAGUGCUCCCAAAGCAAACUCAAGCUACAUUGUGCCAGUUGUUGUCUGUGGACAAAAGGCUGAGAGUCAAGUUACAGAGUGGUUUUUGGCUCACUAAAGAACAAUUGAAGGCUUCACCUGCUACCCAGGGAGCUGACACAAGUUCAGAGGGAGCAGUGGUCUACCAAAUAUUUGUGCAUGGAAUCAAACAUGACUCACCGUUAGUUUUGAUGCUAAAGCAAGACGAUCUUGGUCAAACCUUAUGGAACAUGGUUAUGAAAAAAUGUCCUCAUAAGAUUUCAUCUUCCUUCAUUCUUCUCCAUCAAGGGCGAAAGAUUACUCUGGGAAAGACCCUUAGAGAACAGGGGUUAGCAACAGAUUGUAAUAUUCACGCGCAUUUCUCGUUAUGCGGAGGUAUGGAGAAAAAGGAAAGUUCCCAACCCAACAAAGGAAAAGAGCAGAACGAUGAAGACCCACAAAAGUGGACAAAGGAGCAAGUGGCAAAGUGGAUUACUGAUGUUUGUGUAGCUUGUGCUAUCGACGAAGCUGAAGUUACUAUACUGAAGACGCUUUCAGGAGCCGAGCUCAGCAAUUUGAGCAGUGAGGACUGGACAGAAAGGUCACCCAGUCAAGGUGAUAUCCUUUUUACUAUGUGGAGAAAACGGCUAAAAACUUUACACGCGAGACCACCAAUGACUGAUGGUACCUCAAAAACCGUUCCUCAAGCUUCAACGACGAAUGGUGCCAAAGAUGAAAAGGCUAGCGAUAUGCCAGUUGGGGACUCACUGAGGGAUUCUCUUUCGAGAAACACCUCCACUGGUGGUGAGCAACUUCCAAUACCCUCAGCUCGCAGUUCUGAAAAGAGUGUUUUGAGCACGCAAGGUCCGUUUGGGACUGUUGAGAAUAUCGACAAAAUCGAAUUUUAUCGCAACGCUGACGAAUUAUCCAGACAGCCACCAGCUGAUGGAACACUGAUCUCCGCCAGAGGACUGUGCUCCUCCACACCACGAAAUCUUGGCGGUGCAGGCACUGUGUUGCUCAGGAAUAGUCCUGUAGAAGGUGGAACAUUCCUAGAACUUAAAGUGGAUAUUAGAGCUUGCCCUGAGUCUACUGUUCUGACCAAGCACAUCAUUUCAACAAUUCUUAAUCUGAAACUCGGCGAGGAGUUGUUUGUGAGAGGACGAAUAGAGCGUCUUGAUAAAGGACUUAAAUCAAUGAAGAAAGGCUUCGAAAUUCUACCUUUCAAGAUAAUCGUUGAUUCGGAUCAACAUGCAGCGUUUAGACAGGAAUGUAAAUUGCAGCGUUCAUAUUUACGCCAACUGUCUGCGCCAUUGCCAACCCAUUGCGGAAUUUUCAAGGCCGAAGGGUCGACACAAGAGCCCAUUUUUCAAAAUGAUACCUUAGAGAUUACACGGGGUAUUCUAUAUUGCCCUCCAGAUGCAUCCCUAGAUAAAAUAAAGGAAAAUGCAGUGGCGCUGAAAAACAGUCAGACUGGGGAUAUUUUUGUGGGUGUGAGCGAUGAGGGAAUUGUUCUUGGCUCUAAAGUGUCUCAGAAUGGCGUAAUUCAGAAGAGAGAGAAUAUAGUUAGAGCCUUGAGUGGAAUAUUGCCAAAUGUAGACCACCCUAUUACCGUUUGUACAACCGCCGCGCAAGCGCAUGAACUUGUUGAAAAAGAGAAAGACUUUGUGGCUGCUAUGUGGAUACCGAGCGACAGGUGCAGUUCGAUAGAUGAUCUAGAAGAAACGGAUGAAAUUUCUCUCUUGUUUCGUAUACAUGUGCUAAAGGGGUCGUCAGUGGUAAGCUUUGCAAAAGCAGAACAUACACAUGCGUAUGUACGGGUCGGUGCCGAGAAAAAACUAAUGACAGAUUAUGAAGACUUGUUUAACCGUCUUGAGUCACUUGCAAGUCGUAACAUCCCCAAGAAAACGCCUGAAGCUAUAGAUCAAGAAGUUAACAAAGCUUCCGUGUACCAGGUUAGCGAACAGAGUUACCACCCUUUUAAAAGGAUAAACUUUGAAACUGAAAAGACAGAAUUUAAAGCCAUCUACGGUGAGCCAAAGAAGAUAAUUCUGACUGAUUACGUCAAGAAAUACUCUGCAUCUUUUCUUAACUCUGACGGAGGUGAUAUCCUGUUCGGAAUAGAAGAGGAUCGAACUUCAAAGGCUGGUUAUACUGUAGGGGUGUCCAUUUCAGUAAAUGAUCGAAUAGAACUGGUCCAGGAAAGCAGCAAGACGGUUUGCAACUUUUGGCCUCCGGUCGAUAGCAGUCAGUUUUUCAUGAAAUUCAUCGAGGUGAAAUGCGAUAUCACCAAGAACGUGUUAAAGUACCCAGAUACCGACGCUGAAAAAAAGGGAACUUUCGUUGCAUUAGUUCUUGAAAGUAUGUCCAACGUUCAAAAACUAACGAAGUCUAUCACAUCAAAGAAAAGUCAAAUCUCACUUCUUCGCUUGUCAAACAAUCGUUUUGGGUUAUUAACAAAAGAUUCAAGUAAAGUGAAUGUAGAGGACUUCUUGUCUGAGAUGAAUACGGAGAGUUCCAGGCCUAACUAUUUUAGAUUACAAAUGGCUUCAUUUGAAGAAAUAGAGGCGGCAGUGGGAAAUUUGUGCGUCGUUCAUCUUCAUGUUAGUAAAUCGCCAUACCCCAUUCAUCUCACAAGUCCACUCUACACGUUUUGUUUGGAUAGAAAGGGUAUGGUUGCGGAAAUGGACCCCGACCAACUAAUUGAAAGAUUUACGAGUAGAGAUUACCAAUAUGAGCCAGAUGAAUUCUUCAAUGUUGUGAACGGGUUUGAGAAAGUGAACACGUCGUAUGUUCUGGUUUGCUCACCGUUUUCUCUCCCAAGGCAGGAGCGUGAUCUGUAUGGCGCAGUAGUCCCUGAAUGGGCCUUGGUGCUGGAUUUUGAUCAAACCCCAAAUGAGGAUGGCCAUUUACUGAACAUCUUUAAGCCUCUUCAUGAUCUCCACCAAGUGGAAAGAAAUCUUUUCAUAAAAACUCCACUUGAUCGAAAACUCGAAAUAAAUCCAAGAAAUGGCGUCUGUUGGUGUGCAGUGAGAGGGUACGAGGAAAUCAAUAAAACUCUUUCCACAGGUGGACAUGCCUCUUGGUUGUCCACCCAUGGUCACAAGAUGAGAAUUCUUAUUGAUCACCUUAUAACUCAUAUAAACCCAAAUCAGUUGGUGGUUUUGUGUCUGUGGGCUGACGGUCACAGAGAGUUGCUCCCUUCCCUUGACUCUAUUUUGCAGUACAUCUUUUCUCGUUGGGGUCCCACCAAAGUGGUCUUUGUCUGCUCUGACUCGUCUACGAAAUCUGAAAUCUUGUCAGGACUCGUAGAACCGCUAGAAAGAGCCGGUUUCGGAGUGAAGCGAGAUAAUAUUUUCGUUGCACUGCCCCAUGAAAUGGCUCGGCACGUUGGGUCUAAACUUCCUCAACCCUACCGCUCAGAGGAUGAAUUCCAGAUUCCACGGAAAUUCCAUCUUCCAGACGGCGGCGAAAGAACUAUUCCAGAUACUUUGCCUCAAACAAUUAGACAGGCGGUUAAAGGCCAUUUACAGAUCAUGUAUCAAAACACCGGAAAACCCUUCAUAAAGCCAGACGAUGAGGACAAAGUCCGGGUUAAGUUUUAUUCUGGUUCCGAAAUCGAUGAGACUGGUCUUGCUACUGGAAUUGCUAUUGAGAGAGAAAAAAUGAAAGUGUUGAAAAGAGAACUCAAAUCAUUUUUGAACGACAAAAAGUCGCAUGUCUGCUUGACUAUUCUCAAAGCGGAGAGAGGUGCUGGUGCAACGACCCUUUGUCUACAGCUCUUGUUUGAAUACCGCAAGCAGUACGUUUGUGCUAGACUACUGGAAUUCCACGACAGCCUUGCUGCCAACAUAGAGAAGAUUAAUCAGUAUUCCCGACUUCCUGUCAUUCUAUUCGUUGACAGCGAGAUGGCAUAUCUACAAGAAUUCAAUGAUUUCAAGAAUGAUGCAGAAAAAAGGAACCUAAACUUGAAGUUACUUGUAGUUGAGUCAGAUGCGUUGUUCAGCCAACAAGCAAAUUCACCUCGAAAGAAGCAACCCAUUCCAUAUUUCGUUGGGUCAACACCUUAUAAGACAGUUGAACUGAGCCGCGAACUGACGUCGGAUGAAGUGUCACAGUUGAUCGAGCAAUUUCUAAAGAUCAGGGAAAUUUCCGAGGAGAAAAAGAGGAAGCUAAAAGAUCUUAAAGAUGGGGUAUCAGGGGACUGCACUUUACGUAAAUUUGCAUACUUUAGUCUCACAGCUUUUGGUAGAAAGUAUGCUGGUAUACGAAGCUACGUAAAAUAUCGCUUACAUCAAACAACUGAAUUACAACUCCAAAUUUUAGAGUUCCUGGCUCUCACCCACGUAUUUACCGAUUUCUUGUUUCCGGUGAACGCCUUGGCGCGUUUGGCCGACAGGGACGUUGUUAUGCUCGAAAGCAUUUUCAGCAACGAUGACGUACGAGAGUUGCUGAGUCCGCCGUCCCCAGCUGAGUUCAGGAGAAUUUCUUUUGUUGAAGUUGCAGAGGAACUUCUUCAGCAACAAGCCAAGUCGCUUGAGAUGCGCCAUACUCUUUAUCUUAAAGAUGUUGCGCUUCGAUUGGCAAAGUGUGCUUUGUCGGAUCCACGACCAAGCAAGAUGAUUGAACGUAUCACUAGACGUUUGUACGUCACCAGUGAGUAUGGAAGUGAGAAAUUCUCACCACUUGUGCGAUACCUGAGGGACGAACAUCCUGAUGUAGCUCGUGACAUGUUACAUGAGUUGAUUGAAAUUUUUGAGGAAGGUUCCAGUGUGUGGGCUCAUCUUUUGGCUCACUUAUCAAAAUAUUACAUGAUCCAAUACGUCGAUUUCGAAAAUGCUAUUCCUCUUAUCGAAAAAGCAGUGAGAGAAAACAAAGAUGACGUACUACUUCAUCACAUUCAUGGAGAUGUAAUUCGCUUACACAUACAAAACCUUAAAGAUCAGCUUGAAUUUUCCAUGUGCGAAGUCGUCCGCUUUGCAAUUCAGAGCAGUGAUUGUUUCGUGACCGUGAAGACAAAAAGACCGCUGAUGGAACAUGGCUAUUCUUCAGAUGCUUUGGUUAGAAAAGUAGUCAUGCUUGCAGCAAUUAAAUCUGUUGGCGGCUCGCAUUUUGUGGACUUCCUCAAGGAUUUUCUAAACAAAAGAAAAGAAAAGGAUACAUUUACAGCCCUCACUAUAGAGGACAAAUAUGUCCUGGCUUUGGUACCAGAGUCAUUUGCUAAUCUCCGAGCAGUACCAAUCAACGAAUUCAGUGAAAAUCUGAAAGACAGUUUUUUGAAAUAUUUAGGAGACCUCGAUGACCUAACAUCAGUUUGCGAAGAUCUCAAAAAACUAUCCAAAGGUACCAAUGACGAAGCCUGGGUGGAUAGAGUUGUUCUCAAAACUACCUCAUUAGUGUGUUCGCUGGAAGUUGAAUGGAAACAACUUGACCCAGAAGAAGCUGACGAAAAAAUAAAAAGUCUAGAAGACCUGUUGAGGAAGACCAAUCAUGACGAGGAUUCAGUUAAAAUCUGGAUUAGGUGUGCGAGGCUUGGCUCUAAAGUUCCAAGUUUAAAAUCGGUAAGGAGCACAGUGAAUAAUUGGUUGAAAGCAACUGGAAAGAGAUCCCCAACUGCCCUCUUCUACAACUAUGUUGUUGCAAUUUUGGAAGCUCUAAGUGACCCAGAUGAUCCAGAGAAAAUGACCAGAGCUGACGAAAGUGUCAGACAGUUGCUUCGGAAGAGAAAAUCGCCAAAGUCCGUUGGCGUUUCAUUGGACCCCACUGUACCAGUAGAAUGGCUUCAUCCAAAGGAAGGUCGACAUAUUAAUUCCUUAGAUUCACUACUAUAUCACGAAGACCUGGUGAGAGAUUACUUGCAAGGUAAAACACCUCAAAAGCAAAAGCGAGCUGGAAAAGAAAUAAUCGAAAAAGCAUUGUUUGAAAAGGACAUCAGUAAAUGGGAAGGGGUCGUCAGUGACAUAUCCUCUGAUUGGAAAGGAAUGAUUACUUUGAAAAAGCGCAUCUACGUACCCUUUGUGCCGGUUAAUGUUUCGCCCAACAUGCCAAAUGAGGGAGACGUCGUCAGGUUUUGCCUCGCCUUUCAUUGGACGGGUCCGUGUGCCUGGUAUGUCGUUUGUCAACCUGGAGUUGCCAAAGCUCAGAAAGCGGCUGAACGUUCCCCGAUCAGGCUUCUAGAGGAUGAAACCGACAGCGAAACAAGUGACAAGGAUGACGAAGACGGUCUUCUACCUUUAGUUGGAGAAUCUCUUCACAUACAGACAGUUCGACCUCAAAAGAACUUUGCAAUCACCGAAGACAAUGAAGGUCAUCAGUGGAGCAAUUACCUGGACUGUGAAAGACAAGGGAUCAUUUCCCAAGUCUUUCCCAGUAACGGAUACGGGUUUAUUCGUCAUCCAGAUUUUAAAGAUAAUCUCUUUUUUCAUAAAAAGCAGAUAGUUCCUCCAGUAGAAAAUCUCAGCUCCAUAGAGGUCUAUUCAGUGGUUUUGUUUACGGUUGGUAAAACGGAGAGAGGACCUCGAGCGAUGAACAUCAGAACAGUGGAAGAAAAAGAUUUUGACUCACAGUUGAAAAUCUAUCGUGAAGAAUUGCGCAAAGACGAGCACCCGAAGAAAACGUCUUCAUCUGCAUCAGUAGUUCCUCGAUGCUCUGAAAAAGUGGUGCAGUUGCCGAAGACACUACAGGACUUUCACGAAUUAGGGUCUCGCCCGGAGGGGCAUGUAUGCGAAGUAAAAGUUCCACCUCGUUACAACACAGUUCGUGGGUAUAUAGCUAUACCAUCAACUUCAGAACUGUUGUAUUUUGAAGAACUUUUGUCUGGUAUCCCAAAGAAGAAGGUUGGUAAUAUUCAGUUGAAAACAAUCGUCCAGUUCAGUGUGGCUAAGAAUAGACAUGGCUUCUUCGCAAAGGAUCUUUUCAUUAAGCUGCCUGAAAGUAAGACGGUCCAAUGUAGAUGUGGGUGGGAAGAUCGUAUUGACAAGGGAAUACAGGAAGGCUUUAUUGGUUUUCUAAAACCUGGAGGUCGCUAUGGUUUUAUAACUAAGACAUACGCCAGAGAACGGAACCCUACAGGAAUCUACUUUAACGAGUCACACUUACGAGGAUGCUCGUUUGGGCAGUUACAGUUCGGCGACAGAGUACAUUUUGUUGUUGGUCAGAAUGACAAAGGAGGAUGUGUUGCCGAACAGAUUGAUGUUCAAUUUCCUGCAGUCUCACAGGGAAAUUAUCCUUCCGGUUUACCUGAUUCGCGUUUGUUUCCCAGAAAUCCUCACAUGUUUUUGCACGGUCAGCCAAGUCUUGCACAAUACAGCCCCCUUUCCCCGCCCUUCGAUCCAAAUGCAAUGCCUCGUCAUCCUCUGCAAGACCCUGGUCGACACGCCGAUGGAGGCUUUCAACAAGUAAAUUACAAAAGACGGAAACGUUAAGAUGUAUUGUAAAUGUCACCAAGAGA